GCUCGUGUAGCCAAAGGGUGCGGCUCUGGUGACAGUGAAGCCGUUUAAAGACCUGUUCCUCAUCUCCUGACUUCACCCUCAGCUUUUCUCCUGCAACACUGAAGAUCAGAGAACUUUUUACUUUGAGCUGCCUUGAAGAGCAGAAAUCCUAAAAAAAAACAAAAACAUGGCUGGAAGAGGAACAAUCAAGGCCCAGGGCGGAUUUAACGCCAACGCUGAUGCCGAGGCUCUUUCCAAGGCUAUGAAAGGAUUCGGUACUGAUGAAGCGGCCAUUCUGCAGCUGCUGACUGCACGUAGUAACGCUCAGCGCCAGGACAUCAAGGCUGCCUACAAGACCCUGUAUGGCAAGAGUUUGGUAAAAGAAUUUCAGUCUGAGCUGACAGGGAAAUUUGAGACUUUGAUUUUGGCACUUCUGGACACGCCUACCAUGUAUGAUGUAAGAUGCCUGAAGAAUGCAGUGAAGGGUGCAGGAACAUGUGAAAAGUGUUUGAUUCAUAUCCUUUCUUCAAGAACUUGCAAUGAGAUUCAAGCGAUCAAUCAGACCUACAAACAGGAGUAUGGUAAAACCCUGGAGGAAGACGUGACUGGUGACACUGAUGGAGCCUUCAGGCAGUUGCUGGUUGUGUUGCUGCAGGCAAGCAGACAGCAGGGUGUACAAGAGGCCAAUGUGCAGAGUGAUGCAAAGGCUCUCUUUGAAGCAGGAGAAAAGAAGUUUGGUACUGAUGAAGAAAAAUUCAUCACUAUUUUGGGUAACCGCAGUGCUGAACAUCUUCGGAGAGUGUUUGCCGAGUAUAUGAAACUGUCUGGAUUUCAGAUAGAGGAGAGUAUUAAGAGGGAAACUUCUGGACACCUGAAAGAUCUGCUGCUGGCUGUGGUAACGUGUGCCAGAAGCGUUCCUGCUUACUUAGCUGAGUGUCUGUAUCAUGCUAUGAAGCCUUCUCCACAGGGCGUGGGGACUGACGAUAAAACCCUGAUUGAGAUCAUGGUGUCUCGCAGCGAAAUCGACAUGCUGGAUAUACGUGCCGAGUUCAGGAAGAUGUUUGCCACUUCUCUGUACAAAAUGAUUAAGGGCGAUACCUCUGGCGAUUAUUCCAAAACCCUGCUCAUCUUGUGCGGCGGCGAUGACGCCUAAAUCCGCUCCUGGACCUUACAAGCAAUUUUCACACUUCGUAACACAUUGGCAGAAAUAUUUAAUCUUUGUUGAUGUUACUAAUAGCUAAUAGAACAUUGAUCGUUCACAAUAAUGAAGGCAGGCUUAAUAUCCAGGGUUUUUUCUUAUUGUAUGCUAUUUUAUGCUUGUAACUGUGUUGUGGUCCAAAAGCAAAGAAAGUAAAAAGAAAUAAAGCAGGUCUCAGUAACAGUGCUGCAAAAAAUAAAGCUGAAACCAGUGAAUAA